GAUGCAGUAGACUCCUCCAUGUGCAGAUCAAGAGAGUGGAAAUCGAAAAUACAUGGUAAAGUUGAUCAUGCUGGAGAUUUUGUUUUGCCACGUACCAUUUGUUUAAAGUCGUGCAAAAGGAACUAUAUAAGUGGGUUUUUUCCCCUCAUAAUCUUUUUUCUCAUCAAUCUCACUUAAAAAAUCUCACGGUGCGUUGGCCAAUCAAGUGAUGCUUUACCUGUUUAAUUUCUACCUGGCAUCUACUUUUUAAAGAUACGAGUACAAUUCAAACUCCUUCAGGUGGUAGUGCUACGAAAAUAAGCACCGUAAGAUUAAAACGGAUGUUGGCUGGGAGACGACUCUUAUUUGUCGCUGUUAUGUGGCUUUUUUAAGGCAGUAGAGAUUUCUCCAUGUGCUGAUACCGAAGGCUUUUUUAAAAAUUGUCCUAGUUUUCCAACCCGAACUUCUCUGAAUAAAGCUAAGUACGGUCAGAUCUGCUUAAUACUUGGACAGAUGACCACGAGGAAAUCCUAUGUCUGUCAGCUAGACUGAGGAGACAUCUCGGAAGAAAACAGUAGAAAAUUGGUUUUGUAUUUUUGCCAAUAACACCAUACGCAGGUGGCAGAAGCUUUCCCUUUCCAGUAAUUUUCUUAAGAACUUUCACCCACGCCGGAUAGAAAGAACUUACUACUCGGAACCGGAAGUGAGGACAAUGCUCUAGGAUUCUAUGUAAUCAAUGUUCCACUAACUGCGACUGAAGGAACCAAGAACGUAGGGCGCUCUGGGACUCUCUACCUCAGUGGUUGAUGUGUCCCACUGUCGAUAGUGGGUGGUGCAUUGUGAUCCGCUCUGCCCGCCUCUGUCGAUGGUGUCGGAGGUCCCGGAAGCGUAGCCGGGACUGUUGGCGAUGAUGGCGGAGAGUCCGGCUGCUGAGGAGGCAGCUUCGGCCGCGGUGCUGGCGGCCCCGACAGGCGGAGGGCCGGGAUCUGGAGCGGGUGGCGGAGGCACGGGCGUCUUCCUGCCAGCCGAGCUCUGGGCGGUGGCGGGGUUGGGUUCGGCAGGAGGCGGAUCUGGAGCGGGAUCUGGAGUCGGGGCUGCGGGAGCCUCGGUGCCCGGAAUUCCCCCUGCUGCGGCCGCCGCCGCCGCCGCUGCCGGAGUGCUUCUUUCACAUUCGGCCUUUUGGGACCCCACGACUAGUGGCGACUGGGACGGAGAGAGGCCAAGCGCUGCCUGCCUGCUCCGCAUCAAACGGGAUAUCAUGUCAAUUUAUAAGGAACCGCCUCCUGGAAUGUUCGUUGUGCCUGACCCCCACGAUAUGACCAAGAUUCAUGCGUUGAUCACAGGCCCCUUUGACACGCCUUACGAAGGGGGUUUCUUCUUGUUCCUGUUUCGCUGUCCUCCAGAUUAUCCCAUCCAUCCACCGCGGGUCAAACUGAUGACAACUGGGAAUAACACAGUGAGGUUUAACCCUAACUUCUACCGAAAUGGGAAGGUCUGCCUCAGUAUUCUAGGCACAUGGACUGGUCCAGCCUGGAGCCCUGCACAGAGCAUAUCUUCGGUGCUUAUAUCUAUACAGUCUUUAAUGACUGAGAAUCCCUAUCACAAUGAACCUGGCUUUGAACAGGAAAGGCAUCCAGGAGACAGUAAAAAUUACAAUGAAUGCAUUCGACAUGAGACUAUUCGCAUCGCUGUUUGUGACAUGUUGGAAGGGAAAUGCCCUUGUCCAGAGCCUUUACGGUAUGUAUUGAGAGACAUCGUGGUUUAACAUACAAAUUCACUUUCUGUACCCCAUUGAAAAACUGGAUGCAUUUGUCAGCUGCACCUUGCCCAUUUCUGGGAAAACUAGCAAUGUAAAAUUCACCAUUUGAGUGUUCAAUCUCCCUUCCUUUUAUACCUGCAUAGUUAAUAGUCUGGCAGAUUCUGCAUGCUACCCUAGAAAAACUUUGUAGUUUUAUAACAUGGCUUCUCAAGCCUUGUACCUUCCAGUUAUGUUGAAUGCUGGCUAAGGAUGAUGGGUGCUCUAGUUAAACAUAUUUGGAGUGCACCAGACUGAGGAAGCCUGGCUUAGGUAAGUAAUGAGAUUGCAGUAUUUAGAUGUGGCAUUUUUUUCUUUUUUUCAUUGGUCCAGAUAGGACAAAGAAAUGCCAUCACUUAAUGUUUGACUUUUCCAUAGGUAGGUUUUUCUUUUCUUUUCUCUUCUCUUCUCUUCU